AAACUGUAAUACUACAGCACACAACAUCCUAUACAGUUCUGUGCUUCCAACAGUUUGGAUGAACUCCCACAUAUGAGUGUGAUGAUCAGGUGUCCACAAACCUUUGACCAUCUAGUGUAUGUUGUUUGUAGGAGCGUGCUGUUGUAGCCUAAGAAUUUCAUCGCAUGACGUUCGUCUCACACCUUCAGGGUUGGGGGUUUGAUUCCCGCCGCUACCCUGUGUGUGCAGAGUUUGCAUGUUCUCCCUGUGCUGCGGGGGUUUCCUCCGGGUAUUCCGGUUUCCUCCCCCAGUCCAAAGACAUGCACGGUAGGCUGAUUGGCAUGUCUAAAGUGCCCAUAGUGUGUGUAAUUGAGCCCUGGGAUGGAUUGGCACCAGGGUCUACCCCGCCUUGUGCCCCAUGCUCCCUGGGAAGGCUCCAGGUUUCCUGCAACCCUGAAGGAUAAGCAAUAUAGAACAUGGAUGGAUGGAUGGAUGGAUGUUUGCUCUGUAUUCUAAAUAAACCUUGACCUGAAGAUGUUUUGAAAGCACAUUUCUGAGGUCAGUUGUACUUUAAUUGUAAUGGGGUGAAAAGUAAAUUUAUGGUUGCUUGAUUGUUGUGGUAAAUUAACUAUAAUAUCUGGAGAAUAUAAUAUAUAAUUAGUAAUUCAUUCAUUCAUUUAUCUUCAGUAAUUGCUUGAUCCUAAUCGGGGUCGUUGUAGAUUCAGAGCCUGUCCUUGGAUAUAUCCUGGAUGGGACACCAGUCCAUUACAGGGCACACACACACACACACACACACACACACACACACACACACACACACACACAUUCACAUACGCAUUCACAUCUUGUUGCUAUUUAAUGUAGCCAGUCCACCUACUGGAAACCAGUUUACACACAGUGAGAACAUGUGAAACUGGGAGACGGCAAGACUACCUGCUACAGCACCCCAACUAUUAUUAUUAUUAUUAUUAUUAUUAUUAUUAUUGGACGCACGGUGGCUUAGUGCACGUUCGCCUCACACCUCCAGGGUUGGGGGGGCCACGGUCCUGUGUGUGUGGAGUUUGCAUGUUCUCCCCGUGCUGCGGGGGUUUCCUCCGGGUACUCCUGUUUCCUCCCCCAGUCCAAAGACAUGCAUGGUAGGCUGAUUGGCGUGUCCAAAGUGUCCAUAGUGUAUGAAUGGGUGUGUGAAUGUGUGUGUGAUUGUGCCCUGUGAUGUAUUGUCACCUUGUCCAGGGUGUACCCCGCCUUGUACCCCAUGCUCCCUGGGAUAGGCUCCAGGUUGCCCAUGACCCUGUAGGAUAAGUGGUAUAGAAAAUGGAUGGCUGGAUUAUUAUCAUUAUUACUACUACUACUACUAGUAGUUUUAAAACUACUACUUACUACUAAUAAUACUAGUAGUACUCAAACUACUACUAAUAGUAAUAGUAGUAGUAUUCGUAGUAAAGGAAAAAUUCACAACCGCUUUUAGAGACUUUUAUUUUAUCGUCAAAAACCCGGAAGCUUUUCUUGUGGCGCGUUACUUUGGAGCGGUGUAUUCCAGAGAGAUGUCCCUGAACACCAUUCAGCCCCAGCUGUCCUCUCUGAAGACAUGUCAGACGGACAUCAGCACAGGGAUGGACAUUGUGUCAGAAGUCGCUCUGGAUCUGGUCGAAGCUCAAGCUACAGAUGACAGUCCAGGUCUGAAGAAACUGGAUCAGAUGAUGUUGGAAUGUGCCAAACUGGACAGAGAGAUCAACUGCUUUGUGGAAUCUGUCGAGCAGAUGGUUGCUCAGGUGAGACACGAGCCUCCAGACGCCAUGUUCAAACUGAAAGACUCAGUAAAGGAGCGAUUCGCUGAACGAACGGCUGCGGUCUCCGAUGCUGACGUUGAAAAACACAGUAAAGUGGUAGCCUUCCGAGACAGCAUCAGGAAAUCUCUGCAGCAAGUAAAUCAGAUGGCAGGAGGAAGUGUAGAAGAGGAGCUGGAUGAAGACAUUGCUGUAACACAGAGCCAGACGAACUUCACAUGUCCUCUUACCCAGGUUGAAAUGGUCAAUCCAAUGAAAAACAAGAAGUGCCAGCAUUACUACGAUCAGGAAGCCAUUCUGUCCGUCAUUAAGAUGAAGCAUACCAAUAAGAAGAAAUGUCGCUGUCCCGUGGUCGGCUGUGGAAACAUGGACGUCAAGGAAUCAGAUUUGGAAUCAGACCCGGUUAUGAGGAGAAUGAUACAGAACUAUAAGAGACAGAGUGGAAAGAGCUGAGUCGGACUCGUGGACUCGAGGCAUAUAUAACUUCACCCAUUGAGCAAAUGCAAAAAAAAAAAUAAAAGCAAAUAAAUUGUUAAUUUUUCUAAACAAAAAACAAUUAAAUGUUAAAUAUGUAUGUUCAUGAUCAUGUCUGCGUUCAUCAAUCUAGACAUAUUCAUACAUGACUCGUGCAGGGAUUUUAUUCACUGUGGACUUGAGUCAUUGUUAAUCCCUGUAAAACAUGUUUUAUUUCUUUCACAUUCACAAACUUCAAACCAGAGCCUGAUUUUUAUUCUGUAGAAACGUUACUGUAAUAUACUUCAGAUCUUACAACAGCCAUGAAAGUUCAUCGUCUUUCCUCAAAUCACACUGCAUGAGAAGGUGAACACUGCAGGAUACUAACACCAUCAGGGGUCCUACACAAUAUUGUGGUGUUGGUAACAAUGCACAGUGCAAAUCGUAUUGUUGUCUGCACCUUACCAGGUUUCCCACUUUAUCGCGACUAUUCAAACUCUCUGUGGAAACGGAGUGUUUUAGGAAACAGUUCCUGACGUGACUCUUCAAAGCACCUCGGGCAUCCGUGUCCUAUUUUUUCUGUAAAGUUUUCAGAAGCGGGAUUGAUCAGGACGAGACAGUACACUCCGUAGUGGAGUUUUUCCCUUCACCGUGUCUCCUGUUGGACACUGAAGUUAAGAAAACUCAGAUUUUCACCUUUGUAAAUUUGUAAAUUGAACUGAAUCCCUUUAAACACCAGCAAUGCCAACGGUGCGUAUAAAUCCGGUUGCAUUUAGCAUGAAGGAUGAAAUUUUAUUUAAAGCAGGUUUUAUUUGUUCUUCUCAUCAUUCCAGCCCCUCAUAAUGACUUACAGUAAUUACAAUAAAUUCUACUUGUAUUUUUAAAAAAAAAGGAAUUCCUGAUUUGACCUGGUAUUGAAAACACUUGCGUGAUUAUGAAUGUGAACCAGCAUAUAAAUUUGGCCCAAGGCCAAUCCAAGCUCUGACGAUUUUUUUUUUUUCCUAGUCAGAGACAAAGGGACACGGAAGCUUUCUUGGCAUUACAGUACAGCGCACUACCACUUAGAGAUGAGAGAUCUUGCAUAAGAGAGAGCUUGUUCUCUGCUUUUAUUUUGUACCUGAACGUUGACAGGGACAGAGAGUAAAUUACACUGGGGGAAAUAAGUAUUGGAUGCGUCAACAUUUUUUUUCAGUAAAUAUAUUUCCAAUGAGGUUAUUCACAUGAAAUUUUCACCAGAAAUCAGUAUUAACUCUAGAAAUCCACAAAUAUAAAGAAAUCCACACGUUAAAGUCCAUAAAUGAAGUUAUGUGUAAUAAAUAGGAAUGACACAGGAAAAAUGACACGCUAACGGAAAUGUAUUUAAUACUUAGUGGAGAAGCCUUUGUUUGUAUUGACGGCUUCAAGACGUUUCCUGCAUGAAGAAAUUAAUGGGCCGCAGUGUUCAGGUGUGAUUUUUGCCUGUUCUUCUAAACAGAUUAUCUUUAAAUCUUGUUCAAUUGGAUUC